CGAACAAACAGUGAGGGGAAAAGACACUUGUGGCAAAAAUUGCCUCACUGGUCGCCAUUUCUCUUCCAUUUUCACUUCAACCAAAUCACUGGCUACUCUCCAUUUCCUCGUCUCCACCAUUGCCAUAUUUCUUUUCCCAGUUCUUUCCCUUCAUCGCCAUUAGAACCAGACCUCUAGCUUCUCUUAAGAUGGGAGGAGGUGAAAUAACAGAGGAAGUUUCUGAACGCAAAGAGACGAACUUGAAUGCGAAGAAGAAAAUAUUCGUGGCUGGAGGAACUGGAGAUACUGGGAAGAGGGUUGUUGAGCAGCUACUUUCAAAGGGAUUUUCAGUCAAAGCUGGGGUUCGCCAUCUGGAAAAGGCUAGAACGUUGCUUCCAAACCACAACCCAUCUCUUCAGAUUGUGCAAGCAGAUGUCACUGAGGGUUCAGCAAAGCUAGCUGAAGCAAUUGGUGAUGAUUCAGAUGCUGUAAUAUGUGCUACUGGAUUUCGACCUGGAUGGGACUUAACUGCACCAUGGAAGGUUGAUAACUUUGGUACCGUGAACCUCGUCGAAGCAUGUCGAAAACUCGGCGUGAAUCGAUUCAUUCACAUCAGCUCGAUACUGGUCAACGGGGCUGCAAUGGGACAGCUUUUUAAUCCAGCUUAUAUCUUCCUCAAUGUUUUGGGACUGACCUUGGUAGCUAAACUUCACGCUGAGCGGCACAUCAGGAAAUCAGGGAUUAACUACACAAUCAUAAGGCCUGGCGGGUUGAGAAAUGAUCCCCCAACUGGAAAUGUCGUCAUGGAACCGGAGGACACACUAUAUGAAGGGAGCAUAUCCAGAGAUCAAGUUGCAGAGGUUGCCGUUGAGGCGUUAGAUCAUCCAGAAUCGUCGUUCAAAGUUGUGGAGAUUGUUUCUCGUACCGAUGCUCCGAACCGUUCUUACAAGGAUCUUUUUGGCUCCAUAAAGCAAAAUUGACAUUGUCGUUGCCUUGUGCAGUUAUUGUCUUGUAACAUUGGAAGAUUAUGAUAUUGAUUAUGCAUGCAGAAAUAUAAAUUCAUACUUGUGGAA